CUUAGAGGACACAGCCAGCAUCUUCCUCUCAGGGUGAGCCCCAAAGCCUGGGGCCUCCCUCAUCCCUUUUCACCUCUCCAUACAAAGGCACCACCCAUAUGCAAAUCCUCACUUAGGCACCCACAGGAAACCACCACACAUUUCCUUAAAUUCAGGGUCCAGCUCACAUGGGAAAUGCUCUCUGAGAGUCACGGACAUCCUGUGCAAGAACAUGAAGCACCUGUGGUUCUUCCUCCUCCUGGUGGUAGCUCCCAGAUGGGUCCUGUCCCAGGUGCAGCUGCAGGAGUCGGGCCCAGGACUGGUGAAGCCUUCGGAGACCCUGUCCCUCACCUGCGCUGUCUCUGGUGGCUCCAUCAGCGGUUACUACUGGAGCUGGAUCCGCCAACCCCCAGGGAAGGGGCUGGAGUGGAUUGGGUAUAUCGGUGGUAGUAGUGGGAGCACCUACUACAACCCCUCCCUCAAGAGUCGAGUCACCAUUUCAACAGACACGUCCAAGAACCAGUUCUCCCUGAAGCUGAGCUCUGUGACCGCCGCGGACACGGCCGUGUAUUACUGUGCGAGAAAAGGGAGUAAAGAUGAAAGUAGAGCUUUUCCCCUGGAGACGCCUGGUCAAGGUCACAGCCACUGCAGAAACCUCACUGCAAGGCAAGGCUGGGCUGGAGGGGGCACUCAGGAGCCACCAAGCACAGGUUCCAACCCCAGAGCAGGUGUACAGAAGGAUGGGGAGGAAGUUUCCUCUCAGGGCCUGUGUCUUCCUUUGUCAACAACAACAACAACAACAACAAAACUAAGUGUUCAACCAGCUGCUGAUGUGCCUUUAAAUAUUCUGUUACAUCGGAACCAUUCAUAUAACUUAAGGCAACGAGAACUAUUUUUAAAGUGUGUUUCUAGGACAAUAAAUAUCUUAAUAGUGAUGAUAUAAAUGAUAGGAAUGGUUUUACUAAUUGAAUGGAUACAGAA